CAUCCCGAAGAAACGUCGGUCACCGCGGUGCGACCUUAGCGAAGACGAGGCGGUCUCCCGGCUUUGCCCUCGGUUUUCGACGUCCGAAACCUUUUUUCGUAGCUCCCAUUGGACCGCAGCCAACGAGACCACCGUGUCACCACCCAAAUAAUCGGAAUUCGUGAGAAGAGACGCUGAAAUUAUCCUUCCGCCCGUUCAUUUAGAGAAUUUCAUCGCGACCGCUACGUUCAGCUUUUUCUUAAUCAGCUAACGAAUUUCGAUCUUUCGUGACAUGGCUUUUCAUGGUACGAAAAAGGAGGGGGGUAAUUUCGAUUCUAUCGCCAUUUGCAUCCGACCUUGGAGACCGAGCACGUCUUCGGGUUAUUCAUAGAGAGAGUACGCCGCAUCCGAUUCCUUUCAGGAAUAUUCUUCCAUCGACGGAAGGACGUCUGUGCGACUCGCGAAACUCCUAAGGGCAUAUUAAUGCCUCUUUGUCUCGAUUCAAGAACAAAUCCUCGACUUUAACCUAUCGAACCCAUCCGUUGCUUCGGCACCCCAUCCCUCCAAUUAUCAAAGGAACUAGAGCAUCUGGGGAAAUCUACUAAUCGAACUACGCGCAGCAGGGCGAAGGAAUUUAGCCUAUCUUUCAGCACAUCAGAAUCGGAGAAAUUUGCAUCGGGCCUUCGAGGAUGAUGUGGACGUCUGGAUGGUCAUUGGCAGACCAAACGUGAUGAAAUUACUAAUUUCUGCCUACCACGAAUCGGCCAUUCAUACAAUAUUCAAGAUCCUUACGCGCAGGUCACUAUAUAACACCCUUCCGCGGGUCGAAUCAUCAGUCUCCUCAGGAUCCUCGAAGACGGAGCUCGAUACACCUGUAAAAUCCCCAUUGGAGUCUGUUAUCGGAAACUGUGAACAGGAUUCGACGAGAAGUCUCUCGAGUUCGUCUAGGAAUAGAUUGCAUUCGAUUCCGCCAUGAUUCGACGAAUACAUACCAUUGUAUCGCUGGUGGGCGUGUUUGCCAUCGUUUCGACGCUUCCUCAGCAACAAAAGUCUAAAAGACCGAUUCCGGAAUUCAAGAACAAGACUGGAGGCUUGGAGCUGCCCAACAACGCGACGCUCAUCCGGGAGAACAUCGUGGAUAAUUUCUCCUGCCAGGACAGGAUUUACGGAUACUACGCAGACAUGGACAACGACUGCCAGGUCUUCCAUGUCUGCAUGCCGCAGGCUAGGGGCGCGACCAGGUGGAGCUUCAUUUGCCCUUCCGAGACAGUCUUCAAUCAGGCCACAUUCGUUUGCACGCGAACCGAGAACUCGAUACCUUGCGAGGAAUCCGAGAGUUUUUACAAUUUGAACGAAGCGAUCGGCAAGGAAGUGGAAGAGGAAGAAAACGACACGGAACAGGCCACGAAGGAGUCGAAUGCCGUGGAGCCGAUCUCGAACAGGCCACCCACUAGAACCUCGAGGAUUUUGAAUAGAAAGAAGUCGUCGCGACGUCAGUAACGACGCUCGACGAGAUACGCAAAUUUUAAUUGAUACAGUGACUGUUGUGUGCGCAUGGAAAUCGACCCGUGUCUGAAUAGACUUGGCUGAAACACGAUCGAACGAGGAACGAGCUCGUCUAGCAUUGAUGGGCAUCAUUUAGAUCGAGAGUCGUCGAAUUUCUUAUUAGAGAAACCGAUUAAUAACGAUUUUUUAUUUUCAAACAGGUUUCAAUUAUAUUUAUUAGAUAGGGAAUAAAUUCGAGUGAAUUAGUACAGCCACAUAUGGAGGUAAAAAAUUUGAUUCUAAGAUAAAGAUAAGCAAAAGAAUUGUCGCGGUUCAUACAACAAAUAUAUUUAUCCGCAACAAAGAUAAACUAAAACUUCCUUUAUUUAGCUCGUUAAAAAUCUAAAUCCUCUACUAGAUACUUUUAAUUAUUCCAACGAAGAUCAUGCCCGUUUCUGUCAU